AUGAACAACAAAAAAAAAUCUUACUUAAAAAAAAGCAUUAAUGAGCUAUUAGAGGAAAUGGAUAAUUAUGGUGGAGGAAUUAAUGUCAAAAUUAGCUAAUAAGAAUUAAUAUGUUUAUUACCUAAUUUACAUAAUUCCAUUUUAACAUAAGGCAUCAGUGAUUAAGAGCAUCAGAAGGGAAACAAGUAUGUACUUUUGGCACCAAACAAACAAUAAAAUGGCAUGAAAAAAAAAUUCAAGUACUAAGAAGUAUUCAAUUCAAAUGAAGAGUUAGUUAAAAAUCUUCUAGAUGAAAAAUAUUUUUCAGAUUGGUUUUUGCAAGGGUUUAAUCUAAAUUUUGUAUUUUUUGGAAGGGCAGUCAAUAUUCACUAAUUAGCUAUGAAGAUUAUGAAAAAAUAUGAAAUUGCUAGUUAGAAUUUUAGAGUAUAGACUGUGAGAUUUACGCCAAGAUCAAAUGAUAAUUUUUACACUGAAAAUAUAGAAGACUUAUUUAGCCUAAGAGAGAUUACUAAAAUUGAAGAGAGUGGAUACUUUUUUGGAUAAUAAUCCAUUUAAUUUUUAGAGAAUUUGAGUCAAAAAGAAUAUUUGGAAACUAAGAUCAAAAAGAUACAAACAGAGGUAGUCAGGAUUACAUUUAUCAAUGGGAAUUAAUAAAGUGAACUAAAUUUGAUAAACCUAUAUGAUGAUCUAUUUAUUCAUUCUUCUUACUAAACAAAAUAUGAGAUUGCAUUUGAGAAAGCUUUCAUAAAUUUGAUAAAUGAGUGUAAAGCAAUUAAGUACUUAUCUAAUUAAGAUAACCUAUCCAGACUAACUAUAUAAAAAACUAGAUUAUUAGAAUAUUUAUAAAAAACUGUGUUUGGUAGUACAAAAAAUAUUAUUGUUGGUGACUAUUCUACUAUUAACUAACCAAGCACUUGCUUAUAAAAAUAUGAAAAUUUAUUAAUGAGGUUGAUGUAUAUAGAUAAAUUUAAUGAUAUAAAUACUGUCUGCCAUCGUUAUAGCUCAAAAUCUUACGAGCAAACAUCUGAUUAUUAAUCAGAUUAUAACACAAUUACUCAUAGAUAUAAUACAUAAGUUAAAGAUGAUAGCCAAGACGAAUAUUUUGACAAAUAAACAAAGAGAAAAUUUAAUAAUUCAUUUGAAAACCACAAUAGAUCAUACUAAUAUCCUGAAAGAAAUAUUUAGAACCACCCAAAAGCACUUUAAACUUCAAAUUAACAGAGCUCUAAAAUAACAAAAGAUUAUGAUCUCCCUGUGUAGUAAUAAUUAGGAUCAAGGAUUUAGAAGUAGUAAAAUGAUGUAGACGAGCAAUAAAAAUCAAAAAAAACAUUUAAGCAAGAAAUGAAAGAACUACUAAAUAGAAUUAAUGGCAACAAUUGUAGUGAAUAACAUAAAUAAAAUGAAACAAAUGAAGAUUUAAAUAAUGGAGAAAAAGAAAAUAAACUAAAAAUCGGAAAUCUGAAAUAAACAUAAAAUAAAUAAGAAUACAAUGAAGACAGACAUUUUUUAUCAUCAAACAAUUGUAGUAAAAGAGGAAAUCUUCAAAAUUAGACUUAAGAUAGUAUUUAAGAAAAUUAUGAAUCUGAAAAAGAUAGACUAAGGACUUUUCAAACUUAAAUGUCAUGUGAUUAAUUUAAUUAAGAGUUGGGAAACAGUUAAAAAUUACCAGAAACAAAAAGCAAACUUGUUAGUAAAAAAUACUAAAAUCUUUAGUACCAGUCAACUAUAUAGCAUAAGUAGCUUCUAGAGGAAUGUUAUCAAUAAAAAAUAGAAGAACUUAAUUUAUAAAUUCAAGAAAGCCAAGCCAGAUACGAAAUAGAGAUUAGUGAGUUAAGAGAAAUUAUCAAGAAUCAAUAAAAAAAAAUUACCUUGCUAGCUGCUGAAAAGAAUAUUCAUGAGCUUGUUACUGUUUAUGAAGCUUAAAUUUAUAGAUAUGUUGAAUAAUAAAAAAAAUUAAGAGAAUAAAUAAAUUAUUUGACAGAUGUAAAAAUAUAAAAAGAUAAUUAAAAAAAUUUAUCUUCAAUUUAAAAGUAAAAUAUUAAAUUCAAAGAAAUGAUAGCAUCAUUGAAUCUUGAAUUUUCUGAAAGAGAAGAAGAAUUAAAUAAGCUAUAACGUGAAAGAAGAAAAAUUGAGAGUGAUUAGUUUAUACUAGAAAAAAAAGAUAAAAGAAUAAAGGAUCUGGAAAGUCAAAGAGAUUAACUUUUAUCUAAGAAUGAUGAAUUGAUGAAUUCAAUGCAAUAAUUAAAUCAUAUAAUAUAAAAUUUAAAAUAAGAAAACACCUCAUUAAAUAAAUGUGUAUCAACAUUAACAUUGCAAAAUUAAGAGUUAUCUGAAGAUAAUUAAACUCUCUAGCAAAUUUUAUCUCUUCAAAGUAAAGAAUCUACCCAGAAAAUUGUGAAUCAAAAGGUUUCACAGACAAAUAUUUAGUUAAAAAAUUAGGUAAAAUCCAACUAAUUCAAAGAAAACCCUAUGCAAAAGUUUGCAUUUUCUGCUAUUGAAAAGUGUAUAAAUACUCUAAAUAGAUUAGUACUUAAAACAGGUACUGGCAUACCUGAAGAAAUAAUUUCUAAUUUUUAGGAGGAUUUAAAAUUUGAAUGGUAGAAACUACUCAAGGAUAUCGAAUACUAUAAGCAAAAUAAUUAAAUUGUCACUGAUUUUUUAACAAAUUUCAUUUCUUCGUUAGAACAAGUGUAUGGAAAAAAUGACAAAAAUGUAAGAGACUUCAACAAAUUUAUUAGAAAUUUCUUGUUAGAGCAACUUAAUGAUCCUGAAGAACGAGAAAGCUAAUUUAAAUAAAAUCUUUAGCAAUUAUGA